AUGAGGAGAUCCUCCCAGCAGCACUUGUUGCUCCCCUGCAUCCUCCUCCUCCUGCUCCUUGUUUCCAUGUCAUGCUUGCCGAGCUCGAGCCAUGGCUUGAGAACGCUGAGGGAGGAAGAAGAAGCGGUCGGUGAGCUCAUCAAAGGCCAGCAUGAGCUUCCCCCAAUCAUCUCCCCUACUCAACAAGCAGGCGGCGACGACGACAUCGGUGCCGGGAAGUUCACCGUCUCGAGGAGAGCGGUUCCUCAGGGGCCCAACCCUCUGCACAACUGA